GAUUUACCCACCCACACCAAAACACGUCGAAUUCGGGGCAGACAGCUCUCACAUCUACACACUCUUCUCUUGCGCCUGCCGCAAGUGCUGUCGCCCCACCUGCUUUAAUAUUCCCAGUUCGCUUGCCUGCCAACACCAGGACGCAACAACUACUGAACUUCCUUCACUCCCACACGUGCGCCACUUCUUCUGAAACCACUCUGGACGACCCCUAGCCCCGAACACGCUCCUCCGUAGACCCGACCCUCACAGCCCACCAUGGACGCACAAAACGACGAGCUCUACCCAAUCGCCGUCCUCAUCGACGAGCUCAAGCACGAUGACGUGAUCCUACGACUGAACGCAAUUCACCGCCUGAACACCAUAGCCCUUGCACUGGGCGCUGAGCGCACACGAGAUGAGCUGAUACCCUUCCUCGACGAGUCUGUUGAGGACGAGGAUGAGGUGCUUACUGCGUUGAGCGAGGAAUUGGGCAAGUUCGUCGAAUACGUUGGUGGCCCGGAGCACGCACAUGUGCUUCUGUCGCCCCUGGAGAACCUGGCCGCGAUAGAGGAGCCGCUCGUUCGCGAGAAGGCUGUUGAAUCGCUCAACAAGAUCUGCGAAGAGUUGUCACAGCAGCAGAUUGAGGACGCUUUCAUUCCCCUCGUUAUGCGACUUUCGAAAGCAGACUGGUUCACCUCGAAGAUCUCUGCGACUGGUCUGUACCAGACUCCCUACUCCCGAGCCACACCUCCCUCGCAGGAAGCCCUCAGACAGCACUACGGCCAGCUAGUGCACGAUGAUACCCCCAUGGUGCGAAGACAAGCGGCGAACAACCUCGCAAAAUUCAUCAAGGCCAUGCCACACUCAAUUGUUGUCGAAGAGAUGAUCCCUCUGUUCCAGCACCUUGCAGCAGACGACCAGGACAGUGUUAGACUUCUGACAGUCGACAUCCUCAUUGCGAUUGCAGAAGCAGUACCCAAGGAGCAGCAGUCAAGUCACGGCGUAUUGCUGACUGCUCUGCGAAGCCUGUUCGAGGACAAGAGCUGGAGGGUGCGCUACAUGGUCGCGGAUCGAUUUGAGAAGAUUGCGAAGGCCGUCGAUGAGGAGGUUGUCAACCGCGACCUCGUCCCAGCUUUCGUCAAGCUUCUUAAGGACACAGAAGCGGAAGUCCGUAGUGCGAUUGCUGGGCAGAUCCCUGGCUUCUGCGCACUUCUCGAGCGCGAAACGCUCUUGCACGAGGUCAUGCCCAGCAUUGAGGAGCUUGUUUCCGAUCAGUCACAACACGUUCGCGCCGCACUCGGCACUCAGAUCAGCGGACUUGCGCCUAUCCUUGGAAAGGAUGAGACCAUUUCGCAUCUUCUUCCCAUGUUCCUCCAGAUGCUCAAGGACGAAUUCCCUGACGUUCGCCUGAACAUCAUCUCGAAGCUCGAGUCCGUCAACAAUGUCAUUGGCAUCGAGCUCCUGUCGCAGUCCCUUCUUCCCGCCAUUGUCCAGCUCGCCGAAGAUAAGCAAUGGCGCGUCCGUCUGGCCAUCAUCGAAUACGUUCCCCUCCUUGCCUCACAGCUCGGCGUCAAGUUCUUCGACGAGAAGCUCAGCAGCCUCUGCAUGAGCUGGUUGGGUGACACUGUUUUCUCCAUCCGUGAAGCCUCGACCCAGAACCUGAAGAAGCUCACUGAGGUCUUCGGUGUCGAGUGGGCCAACGAGGCAAUCGUCCCCAAGGUCAUGGCCAUGGGCCAACAUCCCAACUACCUGUACCGAAUGACCACCUGCUUUGCCGUUUCUACCCUUGCACCCGCUCUCAGCCUUGACGUCAUCGAGGCUUCGAUUCUCCCCAUGAUGGACAAGCUUGUCAACGACGACAUUCCCAACAUUCGAUUCAACGUUGCAAAGUCUUACGGUGUACUCGUCAACACACUAAAGCAGCUGCCCGAGGAGGGCACCGUUAUUGCACUGGAGAAGGCAGGCACACCUGGCCAAGGCUGCCAGAAGGCGACAGAUCUCAUCACCAAGAGCAUAUUGCCGAACCUGGAGAAGCUGCAGCAGGAUGACGACGUUGAUGUCAGGUAUUUCGCGACAACGGCAGCACAGAGCUUCACGGAUGCAAUGCAGACUUAGGUGGUGUCGCAGCGUCCGAAAGUCAGUUCAGUCUUGUAACGAGGUCACGGCUAGCAUUCACGUACAGGUAAUGAUAUGGAUAGAAAGUGUCGCGAAGCCUAGGCUAGCUUACUUGGGUGGAAAGAUGCACGCAUUUGUAGCAAAUAGAGAUGGAAGAGUCCUUUUAGGUGGUAGUUGA